CCACAUGUUUACACCCACUGAGAUGUUCAGGAUGAUCUGAGAAUGUGGAAGUUACUAAUAUCAAAGUGGAAAUGUUUGACAAUCUUGGUCUUUAUUUGUGGAUAUGUAUUCCUGGCAUUAAAAGCCUAUAAUAAAGUUUCAGGUGUCAAGUCAAUAGGGACAUAUCCCCUCACUGGUGACAACAUUAUAAACACUUCGUUCAGAGAAAGAAGUAAAAGCAAUGACGGAAGGACAGAGGACUAUACAAAUGAUAAACAGUUGUACGAAGGAGGAACAGGGGGUAGCCUUGUUGAUUUGUCGUUCCCUAGGGAUACCCUUAAUGAAUUGUCGUUCCCUGUGGAUACCCUUGAUGAUUUGCCGUUCCCCGAAGGAACAGAAAAUAGCCGUAAUGAUGUACCGUUCCUUGAAGGAGUAGAAGGUAGCCUUAACGAUGUCACAUUCCCUGAAGGAACCGGAGGAAGUGAUGAUUUAUCGAUCUCCGGUGGAACAGGAGACAUAAGUAAUGGGAUGUCAGUUUCUGAUAGGACAGAUAUACAACUUAGUGAUAUUGCCAAUAAAAGUAAAUAUUCAUCAAAGGUACAACCAACGGCGGGCGACAACUUUUGUAAUAAUUCUACGUGUGUAUUAAUUGUUGGGUAUUGUCGUGGUGGAACAACUAUGACGUUAGACGUUCUGUCAGAGACAGAUGAUUCGUUGGCUUUAUUUGAACCGAUCAGUGAUCUUACUUUAAGCUCAAACUUAAAAGUGCCUGUACCAUUUUAUAAUGGAACUGUGAGAAAUAUAACUACGGUCAUAGAUCUUCCUAGAGUGCAGGCUGAAAUGCUAAUUCAUUGGUUCAAUUGUGAUUUCACUAAAAUUAAUAUUGGCGAUUUGAAAAACGAGAAUUUAAUACAGCAUUCACGUGACAUGAGAUUAUAUUUCACGUGUCUGAGACAUGCUUCAUUUUCUUAUUGUAUCAAUAAACUGGAACACGUAUGUUUGUCAAAGCCUAGAAGAAUCAUAAAAGUUAUUCGUCUACAGCUGGCAUCAUUAGAACAUAUUCUAAAGGAAACUACUAAUAUCAAAAUCAUUUACUUGGCGAGAGAUCCAAGGGCAAUAACCAUGUCAAUGUUAAAAUAUAAAAUUAUCCAAUCAGUUAUGAAGGGAUCAAAAAUAAUAUGCAAUAACAUGCUGGCAGACGGAAAUGCCACUAAACUGUUUAAAUCUGUUUAUCCUAACAACAUAUUUGUGUUGAGAUACGAGACUCUUGUACAGAAACCAGUACAGGUUUUCAGAAAAGUUUUUAGUUUUUCAAGUUUACCUUUCACGCUGAAGGUAGACACUUAUAUCAAACAUCAUCUUUUGGGAAGCGACCAAAGAAAUAGAAGUCCGUGGCUUACAAAACUUGGAAAUGCAGUAAAAAUAGCAAAUACCUGGCGAACAUUUAUUUCCAUUGAACAAUUACAUGAUAUUGACACAGUUUGUCAUCGUACCUAUAAGGCAUUUGGUUACAGACAGCUUGAUUUUACAUCGGUAAAAAAUCGAAACAUUACGUUACUAUGAAGUGAACAAUUUUCUUUCUAUGGAUUCUUUCAUAGCUUUCACUGGACGUUAAUCAACCAAAAAUAAAUCAAUAUUCAUAGUAUGUCAUUUAGGGAAUCCGAUCUGGUAACUAUAAACUGUCUUAUGCUGACAUGAAUUAUCAUUGAU